AGAUCCAACAACUUCGAAGCGAUCUGUACGUAACUUGGCAAGAGCACUGAGACCUCCUUACGUGGCUUGAGAAAAGAAAAAUAAAAGAGAAAAAUUCAGUUCAUCUGGACCCAGUCUUACAUAACCUCCGUAAAACAUAUUGAUGAAGUUCACCAAGUAAAAGCUCCAUCAUCAAACUUCUACCAAAUCAGGAAGUUUCUUUACUUGGGGUUCAACAGCUAGAGGAGCUACAUAAUAGCUGCAAGCUUACGGGUAAUCCGAAUAUUCCUACACCGACACCAAUCACAAGCCGUUUGUAGUAAAGCCCCCCCGACUCCGAACUACUUGGUCGCUUCGACUUGAUUCCGUCUUGAAUCCGUCUCACAACUUUCCUCUCAAAUUUUAUCCCUCACGCCGUUCCGAACAUUCGACAUUCUCCUCUAAGGCCCAUCGCCGCCCUUUUUCUGCGAAGAAGCACCCGACUGCCUUGGUCAGGCCCCCUUCCGUCAAACGAUCCUCGCUUGAGAUGUCCACCGCCACCGCUGCCGCCUCCGGGGUUACUCCCCCCUUGACGGACAAGAGACUUGAGAAGAAGCCCAUCAAGUUCUCCAACUUGCUUCUCGGUGCCGGCCUCAACUUGUUUGAGGUCACCACUCUCGGUCAGCCUUUGGAGGUCUGCAAAACUCACCUCGCCGCCAAUCGAGGUGACUCUUUCGCCUCUGCGCUGCGCUCCAUCUGGAACCGUGGUGGUGUCCUUGGAUUUUACCAGGGUCUCAUUCCCUGGGCCUGGAUCGAAGCCUCGACCAAGGGCGCCGUGUUGCUCUUCGUCGCCUCCGAAGCCGAAUACUAUGCCCGAGUUGCCGGCGCUUCGGAGUUCGGUGGCGGAAUCAUCGGUGGCGUGACCGGCGGUGUCGCGCAGGCCUACGCCACCAUGGGUUUCUGUACCUGCAUGAAGACGGUCGAGAUCACCCAGCACAAGAUGGCUGCGUCGGGCGUCAAGCCCCCGAGCACGUUCGCCACCUUCAUGGACAUCUACCGCAGGGACGGCAUCAGGGGCAUCAACAAGGGUGUCAAUGCUGUUGCCAUCCGACAGAUGACCAAUUGGGGCUCCCGUUUCGGUUUGUCGCGUCUUGCCGAGCAGGGUAUCCGCCGUGUCACCGGCAAGGAGCACGGCGAGAAGCUUAGUGUCGUAGAGAAAAUCACAGCCUCGGCUCUAGGUGGUGGUCUGUCCGCCUGGAACCAGCCGAUCGAAGUCAUCCGUGUCGAGAUGCAGAGUAAGAAGGAGGAUCCUAACCGUCCUAAGAAGAUGACGGUUGGCAACACUUUUAAGUAUAUUUAUGAGACCAACGGCCUCAAGGGUUUGUACCGUGGCGUGAUGCCGCGUAUCGGGUUAGGCGUUUGGCAGACGGUUUGCAUGGUGGCUAUGGGGGAUAUGGCCAAAACUUACGUGGAAAAGUUGACCGGAGAGAAGGUCACUGCUAAGCAUUAGGCGGCGUUAUAUGGAAUGGUUGUUCAUGAUAUGACAGAUCAUGAAAUGAAUGUGUGCUUUUUGAUUUUCUGGUACUUGCUACCUAUAGAUCUUAACUUUUACCUGUAAUUCAGGUAACUUUUGAGUGGCCCGUUUAAAAACACGGCGACGUUUUUACCCUCGUUGUCGAUAUUAUACUAUAUAGACCUGGUCGCAAUACAGGCUUUUGUGAUCUUUGAGGUCACCUUAUCUACAUUUCUUGAAUGUCAUGCGUGAUUUUCGGCUUUGGUUUGGCUUACGAACGUCACAUGUGAUUUGACUGCUGCAGUAUAUCAAAUUGACCAGUAGAAAUAUGCAUACCUAUCG